AUGGCUAGCAAGGAAGUAUCUACAUUCUACACCCACCAGACCAACCUUCGCGAUAUAUCCCAACCAAUGUCAAUUCUUCAACCUCUAUUCAAACCACUUGUUCUUCGCAUUCCCCAGGAAAAGGACCUGCAACCGUUAAUCGACGUACUAGCCAACCCCGUUAACACAAAGAAUGAUCUAUCGGUUGCCUCGUCGACUCCUCAAGAACGAGAGUCUGUAUGUCGCCAAUGGUUGAACAUCAAUGAACCCUUGAAUCACCUGAAUUUUGCUGUGAUUCAUACCGCCAAUGACCAGGAAGAAGUUCUUGGUAUUGCAGGACUAGGUUGGAUCGGUCCCGCGAAAACAGAAAAUAAUAAAAAUAGUGACGGAUCUGCGAGAGCCGGCGCUGCUGGCGUGAUGGUUAAUCCCGCGGCAAGACGGAAAGGUAUUGGCUCAGAGGCCUUGAAGAUGGUUAUUGAUUAUGGAUUAAAUGUGUUGGGAUUGAUCGAGGUGAGGAUCGGGACUCCGUCAUCCAAUACUGCUAUGCGUAGGGUGAUGGAGGUGCGAUUUCAGAUGCAGCCCGAUGAUAAUGAAGAGAAAAGUGAUCGUUUUGGGAACGAUUUACUCUGGCGGAUUAACAAAGAGAGAUGGUUGCGAUAUCUCGAACAGGAAUGA